AUGGGUUCCUCUCGUUCACGUGCCUCUGCCACUGCCAAAGAACGCCUACGUUGGACACAAGAACUCCAUGAUCGCUUUGUGGUGGCUGUAAAUAGACUAGGUGGCCCUGAUCGGGCAACACCAAAAGGUAUAUUGAAAGGAAUGAAGGCUAUGGGUAUUUCAGAGCUAAACAUUUAUCAUGUCAAAAGCCACUUGCAGAAAUACAGGAUCUCCAAAUUGAUUCCAGAAUCCCCCACAAGAGGAAAACUUGAGAAGAGAAGCAUAUCAGAUAUACUUCCAAAUUUUAGCUCUAUAUCUGCUCUUCAACUAAAGGAACUGCUUCAGAUGCAAUCAGAGGUGCAAAAUCGCUUGAGUGAAAAAACACAGGUUCAGAGAAGUAUGAAGGCAAAAGGUGAAGCACAAGGAAGGUACAUGGAGAGACUUGGACAAAGCAGUGAUAACCAAACAAUAACUGGAAAAGCAUGCAAGCCUUUUGCUUCUUCUGCAACUGCACCUCUGCCUUCUCUUUCUCAGGAAUCUGAAUCAUUGAAAUCACAAAGUGAGAAAGAAAAUGAAACAGUGAAAAAGCAAAGGAUUUCAGAAGAGGGUGUUUUUCCGACAAGUUUUGAAGAUGCACCAUCCACCCCACCACAAUUCUACAACCAAACAUGGAAUCUUCCUUGGAGUCAGCUUGCAGCAGCAUGCCAAUCAACUUUGGAUCCCACUUUCUUAUUUUGA